UCUUAUCAUUUUUUCUCUCCUUCUAUUCUAGUCUAUCUUUCUAUCUUUCUAUCCAUUUUUAUUAUCCACCUUCUCAGAAAACACAAAGUACUAUAUACUACUUCACUACUCUGAACUACCCUUCCCUUUUCUCUGCUCCAAAAACUCAACUUUCAUUUUCAGUUUAUACCCCUUUCAUAGUUAUUGUUAUUGGCUACCAACUCAGCAAGCAAUGCAUUAAAGACUCUUCCAUAUUCUGUCUUUGUCACUCUUCUUCAGAAUUCUCAUUACUAUACAAGGCUCUUGCCUUCUUGGUUUUUUGAGUGCUGGGAAUUAAAGAUACCAAUUUGGUUUUAUCAAUCUGAGAAUGGCACCAAGGAACAGAAGUGGAAAGGCCAAGGGAGAGAAGAAGAAGAAGGAAGAGAAGGUUCUUCCGGUUGUCAUAGAUAUGACUGUCAACCUUGUUGAUGAAACUCAUGUUGUUCUCAAGGGAAUAUCAACGGACAGAAUAAUAGAUGUUAGACGUCUCUUAUCGGUGAAUACAGAGACAUGUUACAUCACAAAUUUUUCUCUAUCACAUGAGGUAAGGGGCCCUCGGUUGAAGGACACGGUGGACGUGUCUGCACUGAAACCUUGCAUCCUCACUUUGGUUGAAGAGGACUAUGACGAAGCUGGAGCGGAGGCACACGUCAGAAGACUCCUCGAUAUCGUUGCCUGCACCACCGCCUUCGGCCCCUCGUCUCCGCCAUUGCCGGCGAAGAAUCCGGCCGCCGCAACAACACCUAAAUCCGGUAAGCCUCAAACGCCGUCUGAAAAGCAACCGCCGAAAGAUGCGGCAGCUGCGGCGGCGGCAGCUUCUGACGGUGACGGCGAGAUCAGCCACUCGUCCCCGAAGCUCGGAAGCUUCUACGAGUUCUUCUCUCUCUCACACCUUACUCCUCCUUUCCAAUAUAUUAAGAGGGCGGCGAGGCGGCGCAUGGAGGAGAUAUUGGAGGAGGAUUAUCUCUUCUCUCUUGAUGUGAAGCUGUGUAAUGGGAAAGUGGUGCACGUUGAAGCUUGCAGGAAGGGUUUUUACAGUGUUGGGAAGCAGCGGAUUCUGUGUCACAAUCUCGUCGAUUUGUUGAGACAGCUCAGCAGAGCUUUUGAUAAUGCUUAUGAUGAUCUCUUGAAGGCAUUUUCAGAACGUAACAAGUUUGGCAAUCUUCCCUAUGGUUUCAGAGCGAACACAUGGCUUGUUCCUCCUGUUGCAGCACAAUCACCAUCUUUUUUCACUCCUCUUCCUGUGGAGGAUGAAGCUUGGGGAGGAAAUGGUGGUGGUCUAGGAAGGGAUGGAAAGUUUGAUUUGUUUCCGUGGUCCAAUGAGUUUUCGUUUAUUGCAUCUAUGCCUUGCAAGACCGCAGAAGAAAGGCAAGUUCGUGAUAGAAAAGCGUUCCUUCUGCACAGCUUAUUUGUCGAUGUUGCAAUUUUCAGAGCAAUAAAGGCCGUUAAAAAUGUAAUUGAAGAUCCAAAUUUUAGCGGCUCAGCUCGAGAAAACGAUAUUGUUUAUUCCGAGAGAAUAGGUGACUUGAGUAUAAAAGUUGUGAAAGAUGGUUCUUUUGCCAACUGUAAGAUUGAUACUAAAAUUGAUGGAGUAGAUGCGACCGGAGUAAAUGAAAAGGAUUUAGUGGAGAGAAAUCUACUGAAAGGAAUCACUGCUGAUGAGAACACUGCUGCACAUGACAUCAUAACUUUAGGUGUUAUCAAUGUAAGAUAUAGUGGUUAUGUCGUUGUUGUGAAAGUUGAUGGUGGAGUUAAUGAAAACGUGAACCGUCAAUCUCAACAAAAUAUUGACUUGAUUGAUCAACCAGAUGGCGGUGCCAAUGCACUCAACAUUAACAGUUUGAGAUUACUUCUUCACAAUACAACACAAUCAGAGAACAAUAAACAAAUGGCUCACGUGCAAACGCUUGAGCACGAAGAGGUUGGUGCUUCCCAUGAUUUUGUGGAGAAGCUGAUAAAAGAAAGUCUUGCUAAGCUUGAAAAAGAGGAAGUGAGUUCGGACAAUUUUGUUAGAUGGGAACUUGGAGCUUGCUGGAUACAACAUUUGCAGGACCAAAACAAUGCAGAAAAAGAUAAGAAACCUUCUUUAGAAAAGGCUAAACAUGAGAUGAAGGUUGAGGGUCUUGGGAAACCCCUUAAAGCCCUGAAGAACAACAAAAAGAAACCCGAUUCAAACAAUGCUAAUUCAGCAUCAGAGAAUUCAAAACCCCUAGUUGAAUGUGCUAAUGGAGAGGUACAAGUUUCUCCAUUUGUAGAAUCUCAGCAUGAAACUACAGCAGCUGAGAAUGAGCGAGUGCUGAAGGAGAUAUUAUCUGAAGCAGCCUUUAUCCGAUUGAAAGAAUCAGGGACUGGACUGCACUGCAAGUCUAUACAAGAGUUGAUUGACUUAUCAAAGAAAUAUUACACGGAUGUCGCGCUUCCGAAACUGGUAGCAGAUUUUGGCUCACUGGAACUGUCUCCAGUUGAUGGUCGCACCCUAACUGAUUUUAUGCAUACUAGGGGUCUUCGAAUGCGUUCUCUUGGACAAGUUGUCAAGCUUUCUGAGAAAUUAUCACAUGUGCAAUCACUUUGCCUUCAUGAGAUGAUAGUUCGAGCUUUCAAGCACAUCCUGCAGGCAGUGAUUUCUGCUGUUGAUGACAAGGGGAAAAUAGCAACAUCAGUAGCUUGUGCAUUGAAUUUGCUUCUUGGUGUUCCUGAGAAUAGAGAGUUAGUUAAUUCAUCUGAAGUUCAUCCUUUAGUUUGGAGAUGGCUUGAGGUGUUUUUGAAGAAAAGGUUUAAUUGGGAUCUUAGCAGCUCGAAUUACAAGGAUGUGAGGAAGUUUGCAAUUUUACGAGGUUUAUGUCACAAGGUGGGGAUUGAGCUUGUCCCAAAGGAUUUUGAUUUGGAUUCUCCAACUCCCUUUCAGAAAUCUGAUAUUGUCAGCUUGGUGCCAGUUCAUAAGCAAGCCGCAUGCUCAUCUGCAGAUGGAAGGCAGCUCCUAGAAUCAUCCAAAACAGCUUUAGACAAGGGAAAGCUCGAGGAUGCAGUUACCUUCGGUACAAAGGCUCUUGCCAAGCUCGUAGCAGUUUGUGGUCCUUACCAUCGGAUGACGGCAGGAGCAUACAGCCUUCUUGCUGUAGUUUUAUAUCACACUGGAGACUUCAAUCAGGCUACAAUUUAUCAACAAAAAGCUUUGGAUAUUAAUGAGAGAGAAUUAGGCCUGGAUCAUCCAGAUACUAUGAAGAGUUAUGGGGAUCUUGCAGUUUUCUAUUAUAGACUUCAACACACAGAGUUGGCUCUGAAGUAUGUAAAGCGUGCUUUAUAUCUUCUGCACCUAACUUGUGGCCCAUCUCAUCCAAACACUGCUGCAACUUACAUCAAUGUCGCUAUGAUGGAAGAAGGUCUAGGAAAUGUACACAUUGCUCUUAGAUAUCUUCACAAAGCUUUGAAGUGCAACCAAAGAUUACUUGGUCCAGAUCAUAUUCAGACAGCUGCAAGUUAUCAUGCUAUAGCAAUAGCUCUCUCUUUAAUGGAAGCAUAUCCAUUGAGUGUGCAGCAUGAGCAAACAACAUUGCAAAUUUUGCGGGCAAAACUUGGCCCUGAUGAUUUGCGUACGCAGGAUGCUGCCGCUUGGCUUGAGUAUUUUGAAUCCAAGGCAUUUGAACAGCAAGAAGCUGCUCGAAAUGGUACACGGAAGCCUGAUGCAUCAAUAGCUAGUAAAGGGCAUCUAAGUGUGUCAGAUCUACUUGACUACAUUAAUCCUAACCAAGAUGCCAAAGGAAGAGAUGUGGCAGCAAAAAGAAGAAGCCAGAUACUAAAGGUGAGGACCAAAUCCUACCAGAGCACCGGAUCUACGAGUUCUGAUGAGUCUUCGAAGGAAACUCCAAAAGAGAUUUCAGAUGAUGAGGUACAUGAACCUGAACCUGAAGGUAGGGCAGAUUCUGACCCGGGGAGCAACUCUGCAUCCUAUUCAGAACAGCCUAUUUUAGAAAAGAUCUCGGAUGAAAAGCAGGAUAUUUCUGGUGAAGUUGUGUCUGAAGUGCAUGGUGAUGGGGAGGAUGGAUGGCAACCAGUUCAAAGGCCAAGAUCAGCUGGCUCACAUGGUCGUCGUGUGAGGCAGAGACGUGCCACUCUUGGCAAAGUUUAUAGUUACCAGAAGAAGAAUGUGGAAGCUGGCACAGAAUAUCCUUUGGUAAGGAGUACUAAUCAGAAUAGCAGGUAUUAUUUCUUGAAGAAAAGAACAAUUUCACAUGGUGUUCAUGCUGAAAAUCAUGCUGUGAAUAUCUCACAAGGCACUAAAUUUGGAAGGAAAGUAGUCAAAUCGGUUGCAUACAGGGUUAAGUCUACGCCUGCGGCUUCCAAGACCUCCACAAAUGAGACAGAAAUUGUGGACAAGCCUUUGAGUUCUCAUUCAGACUCUGGAACAAGUUCAUCUGUGAAUGAUGCUAAUCCGGGAAAGACUUCUCUAGUUAGCCUUGGAAAAUCUCCUUCAUACAAGGAAGUAGCCUUGGCUCCCCCGGGAACAAUUUCCAAGUUCCAAGUCUAUAAUCCUCAAAGCGAGAUUCCUGGUGGCGAUGAACAUGAUCUCUGCAAUGAACAUGAUCUUGGAAAUCGUGAUGCGGAGGACAUUGAAGCCCAUAUAAACACUGACUCAAACCUGGAAGAGGUGGAUGAUACACUUAAAGAGAAGCAUGAUGAUUCACCAGCAUAUUUCGUAGAUGGUUUACAAGAUGAUACUACAGUUGCUGAGCAGAAAGAGGAAACCAAAAUCAUUGAUUUUGUGCAAGAAAAUUGUGAGAAUGCUGAGGCUCUAGAAUCUGGGGAUGUAGAGGCUCAAGAAGCAUCUGAUAAUAGCAUAUUGGUUGGGGUAGUGGAUGCUCCUGUAGACUCUCACAAACAAGAAACAGAUGCAAGCAAAUCAUCAGGUGGUUUUGACUCGAUCGAUAAUUCAACUCCUGUCUCCCAGGAUAGUGAGAAUAUGAAGUUCAACACAUCAUCAUCAAGUCCAACUCAGAGUCAUGCUCAGGGCAUUCCGUAUAAAAAGUUAUCUGCGUCUGCAGCUCCAUUCAACCCAUCACCUAUCAUGGCACGGGCUCCAACAAUUGCAAUGAAUGCAACACUUCCUCCUAGUCCUGGUGCUGUUCCUACUAUUGGCCCUUGGCCAGUGAACAUGAAUGUUCAUCAUGUUCCUCCAAGUCCUGCUACUGUGCUGCCUCCUCAUCAUGCAUACCCUUCACCACCCCCAACACCAAACAUGAUGCAACCAUUGCCAUUUAUGUAUCCUCCGUAUAGUCAACCUCAGUCAGUGACAACCACCAACUUUCCAGUCACCACCGGUGCUUUUCAUGCUAAUCAUUUUACUUGGCAGUGCAGUCUGAACCCUCCAAAUGUAUGUAAGUUUGGUCCUGGAGCCAUUUGGCCUGUUUGUCAGCCUGUGGAAUAUCCUCUGCCAGCAGCUAUCAUUGAACCUCUCCAGGAUCACAUUUUGGAGCCACAGGUGCAGGGACAUGUAACUGAAAGUUCAGGUGUAGUUCUGCCUGAGAGCAUUGACAACAUUGGGGAAUCCAAUAAAGAAGUGAAAGGGUUGACUUCAGAGAGUAGUGAAAGUGAAGUGAUUAGUGCUGUUUCGGAAGGUGUUAAAGAAAAUGGUAAUCCAAAUUUUCCUCAAACUGAAAAUUCUGGGAACAACCAAAGUCAAAGCAUUGGAAUAAAUGAUCACAGUAGCAGCAGUGAAAUGAACAUGGAUGGUGAGAAGACAUUCAGCAUUUUACUUAGAGGACGAAGAAACCGGAAGCAGACUCUUAGAAUGCCGAUAAGUUUGCUUACUCGACCCCAUGGCUCUCAGUCGUUCAAAGUUAAUUAUAACCGAAUAGUUAGAGGAAGUGAUGCUCCCAGGUCAAUCAACAUCUCUUCUAGUAAAGAUUGUACAGCUACUGCUUAACUCGAAGUCCUGUUUGUUACUAAUGAAAGAUAGCAGUUAUGGUUGAUAAAUUGCAAAAAGUGAUAUUAUAUGGUUGGAGUUCAAGCAUUUCCGGAAUUCAAUUACAAAUCGCAGUGUAUCAGCUUUAUAUCGACACUAUGCUUUGGAAGUUUUUGAUGUCUCCUUUUUUAAGAUGGAAGACUUGGAGGCUUUUCUUCAAUUCAAAGCUUCAUCAUAAUUGAUUUUGGUCAUUUCAGAGAUGCCUUCAAGAUGAAGAUUUUGGUUUUAAUGUAGUUUAGACAAUUUUGAUAUAUUAAUUACAGGAACUAUUAGACUGUUUCUAAUUAUUUUUUGGUUACAUUAUUAUCAAUGGCACUGGCUCUGUUAGUUAAUUUGGUUCAA